AUGCAACUUUCUAAAUUGACUGUAUUACUGGAAUCGAUCCACCACCUUGUGGUCAACAAGAAUCCUUCAAUGUUCUGCCAACCUCCAAUGAAUAGGCAGUUUUAUAACAAUACUGUACUUCACACGCUCCAAGAGAUGGGUUAUGACCAACAGAAGUUAUUCCCAAUAAACCGACUCGACUUCAAUGUCAGCGGGUGCGUUUGUAUAGGGAGAUCAAAGAUUGCUGCCCAGCAAUUCUCCAAAAACAUGAAGGGAGGGAAAUGGUCCAACAAAGGGUUCAUUAUUGAUAGAAAGUAUGUGGGAUUGAUGGAACCAAUAAAACUGAACAAAUAUUUAUCACAAUUCAAGAAACUCCCAUUGGUUGAAGAUGAUGUGGGACUUAUAGAUGUUAUCGUCGAUGGAAAGCAGGCGAGAACUAAAUAUCAGAUCAUUGAUUCCGACGAUGAUCUGGGGAGGAAACUCGUGGCAUUAAGAUUACUUACAGGAAGAAAACAUCAGAUCAGAAUACAUCUCAAUCAUUUGGGAUACUCGAUAGUUGGCGACUAUAAGCACGGAUAUAGAAACACUAGCGACAAGACCACAAGACUGGAUGAUUUGCCUUACAGUGCUCCCAUUGCCCUACAUGGAGCAUAUAUGAGAAACAAGAUUGGGAUGAAAGAGUAUGAGACAUUUGCCCCAUUGCAAUGGAGCUGGAAAUUGAGUGAUGGGUCGGGGUUGUGGGACUGGAUGAUUGAACGAGGGCAUAUGAGUGGGGAACAGGAGACGUUUGGGGAGUUGAGCGACAAAAUAAAGGAGGCCCUUAGGGACCUCAAAUGA